GGCGUGUUUCGAGAGCUGGGCGGAGGCAGCAGCAGCAGCAACAGCGAUGGGGGCGGCGGCCUUGGGGCUGGUGGACUGUCACUGCCACCUCUCUGACCCCGACUUUGACCGCGAUCUGGAUGAUGUGUUAGAGGAAGCCAAGAAGGUCAACGUUAUGGCCCUUGUGGCAGUUGCUGAACAUUCAGGAGAAUUUGAAAAGAUUAUGCAACUUUCAGAAAGGUAUAAUGGGUUUGUCCUGCCAUGCUUGGGUGUUCACCCAGUUCAGGAACUAUCAUCGGGAGAACAAAGAAGUGUCACGUUGAAGGAUUUGGAGGUUGCUUUGCCUAUUAUUGAACAUUAUAAGGAUCAGUUACUGGCAAUCGGAGAGGUUGGAUUAGAUUUCACCCCCAGAUUUGCUGGCACUGAUGAACAGAAGGAAGAGCAAAGACAAGUCCUCAUCCAACAAGUCCAAUUAGCCAAAAGACUAAAUUUGCCUUUAAAUGUUCACUCUCGCUCAGCUGGAAGACCUACCAUCAACCUCUUACGUGAGCAAGGUGCUGAAAAGGUCCUACUGCAUGCAUUUGAUGGUCGGCCGUCUGUAGCCAUGGAAGGAGUGAGCGCUGGGUAUUUCUUCUCCAUACCCCCUUCCAUCAUAAGAAGUAGACAGAAGCAGAAACUUGUGAAACAGUUGCCUUUAACGUCCAUAUGCUUAGAAACAGAUUCACCUGCACUAGGACCAGAAAAACAGGUGCGAAAUGAGCCCCGCAACAUUUCCAUUUCUGCAGAAUACAUUGCCCAGGUGAAAGGGAUCCCCAUGGAGGAAGUUAUACAAGUGACAACACAGAAUGCAUUGAAGCUGUUUCCCAAGCUUCAGCACUUGCUAAGGAAAUAGUUGUGAAAUCAUUCAUUGCAAAACCAAACCAACUGUGCAGCAUCUGAGAAAAAUGUUCUGAUUAAGAAUCUGGGUAGAAGAAGCUAUUUCAUAGGAAUAUUGAAGAUUAUAGGGAAAUAAACUUGGCUUGAGUCAAACUUUGGGUUCUGAUUCUGGUCCCAUGUUGUUCUUCAACUAGCCAACUUCUGGCAGGUGACUGGGAAAACACUACGGCUUCUCUGAGCUGAAACCAGAUGCUUAUGGGAAAGGUGGCUCCCAAGGACAAGGCGUACUCAUGGCUGUGACAGCAUGGAGUAGGCUACAGUUUGAUUCUUCACAGCCUGUUUUCUUCCCAUGGGAUCUAACUGGUGAGAGACAUCUAAUUCCUUAUACUUUCAG